CAAAAUUCAAUGUAGAACAACGAAUUUCCCCGGUCUUUCCCGUGAACCAGCCUGACAGUUGAUGCUCUAAACAAGCCCUUCUUGGCGUCUAGCCCGGUAUUAUUUUUCUUCCCAUUGCAAUGGAAGCCGAAGAACCGAAUGCAAAGGUACAAUUUUCUAUGGAAGCCGGAGAAGCGGAACCAGAAGAUGCGAAAACGAAGCGGAGAAGGUGUCGUCGGAGACUCUGUGACGAUUCCGACUCGGAACCGAGUUUAUCCACAAAGAUCCAGAAAGUCAAUGGCGUGAUAUUGGCAAAGGCGAUGCCGUCAUAUUGCUUGAAGCGUGGCAUUGGGAGCUCACGCAGAGACUUCACUAGUAUACGUUCUAUACACCGGAAGAAAUUGCGGCGACUACUGCAGGUGUUGCUGCGGCGGCAUAACUGGACUGAGGCGAGUGGAGUGUUGAGCGUGCUUCAUAUAGCAACUUCUAAAGAAAAUGCUAUUUGUAAGACUCGAGCUAAGUUCUCGGCUUCUCUGGAGGUUCUCAAACAUUUAAAAGGUGACUCUCUCAGUUUAAGAAAGAUCCAAAAUGUCUAUGGGAUGUGGAUGUCAAAGCUUGGGCCUAUGAAGAAAUGGCCUAUUAAGAAUAAAGUCGCAGUUCAACUGGAACACACCGUUUUCUGUUUGACAAGGAAGGAGAUGGAUGGUGCAUAUCAAGCCGCUUUAAGUCUAAUGCAGGAGCGGGGUUUUGAGAGUGAUCCAAUUUCAAAUUUAGUUGUAGGGUUGACAUUUUAUGAGCUAUGGUAUUCUAGUCUUCCAGCAGAGAUGCAUUUGGGAAAGCAGAAAGAAUUUGGAAGCAACAUGCAACCAGAAAUAUCACAAGACAAUAUGUUUAUGUCAAUCAUGGAUUCAAAGUGGCAAGGUGCAUCUGAAGGUAAAAAAGCCAGUUCAUUGAUAACAUGUGAUUCCAGCACAUCUAUUCGGAACGAUAAAGAAUACAUUGAAGCUGGUGUUUAUAAAUGUGGAGAAGUUCACAAGGAUGUUGAAAAUAACCCCCGGGAAAUAAAGCGUGAAGAUGAUAACCAGCCACAAGAUAUCUCUUUGCAUUCUGAUGAGAGGAGUGAACUUGAGAUGUCAAAUGACACUUCCCCUCCAUCCUUUUCUAGUUACUACACUCGUGGUCUGCCGCCAUUGUUAUUGCCUAUACAAUUUCCCCAGUUGGAAAAUUUAGAGGAGUUAUAUGAUUUUCAUACGAGAUUGCGCAACGAUUACUAUAAUAGUGCAGUAAUGUAUCUGAGUCGCGCAUUCUCCCUAAUGCCACCAGCACUUGAAGCGUUUCAUCCUCUGGUACAGCUGCUGCUUCUUGGGGAUAAGGUUAAUGAGGCUCUUGCUAUUGUUGAAAAAAUUUCUCCCGACUCUAGUACAACUCUCCAUUUGAGACUGAAGGCUCACCUAUUAGAACAUUUUGAUAGAUACAACUAUAUCAAACAUGCUACAUGCUAUGAGGACAUAUUACAAAAAGACCCGACCUGUGACUAUUCAUUGGGAAAGCUCAUUAGCUUGCAUCAGAGAGGGGACUACUGCACUGAAAAACUGGUGGAAAUAAUAGCAUCAAACUUAGAUGCUACUUACGCAAAGUGCAACACGUGGAGGGAGUUUGCGUGUCUCUUGAUGAAGCUUUCUCAAGCUGAAGGAGAUACUAUGUCUGUGUGUGCUGAUGGCGGUGAUGGGCUGAAACAAAAAUCGUCGGGUUAUCUUUGUAUUUGUGUCCCAAGAAUAUUUCUUGCCCCAGAAUCUCAAAAGUCUUGGAUGCUUCGUUGCAAAUGGUGGCUUACACGCCACUUCAGCAAGAGCAUACUUGUGUCUGAUAUUUCUUCAGGCGACACAGAGCUCCUCACCUACAAGGCAGCAGCAGCAUGUCAUCUUUAUGGACGAGAAUUCGGAUACGUAGUACAGGCUAAAGUAUUCUUGGAAAAACAAAAUAAUACGGACGUAUUGUUAACCUUGAAUAGACAUGUCCACAACUCAGCUGGUUUCUAUUAUAAAAAUUUGUAAUUGUUU